AAGCGAACAAACAGAACAAGUAUUAGUCAUCAGAGCAGUAGCGAGGGGAGGCGCGGACCAAUGACAGGAAAGGUGUCAACAGUUCCACGUUCGAAACUCGGAUGAAACUUCGUCCAUCUUCUGUGUGACGCGCGUGUACGCACGCUCCCUCCGAAGCUCCGCUAUGAGUUCGGAGACGCUGAGGCCGGCCUCCGGGGGCCGCAAGCCGCUCGGCAAGCUGGCGGCCCGGCUGGAGGAAGUGAAGAGCCCGUGGAGGCAGGUGGCCUCGCUGGAGCUGAGCCACAGCGAGGCGGCCCGGCUGGCCACCGAUGCGCUGCUCGAGCAGGGAGAGCGGGAAUACCGCCGCGUUCUGACCGAGGAGCGAGAGCUCAGCUUCUUGUCCGAAACGGAGAUCCGGUACAUCACCCAGCACGCCGUCAAGACCGGCGAACCGGACAGCAACGGAACCGGCCCGGCGGACUGCGACGUCGGUGGGGACAACGACGUUGCGUCCGAGCUGACAUCCGGCACUUACUUUCCCAUGAUGUCUGACGAGGAGCCGCCCAUGCUGGAGCUCGGUUGGCCGGAGGCCCCCCUCCGGUAUGGGCCGUCCGAGACCCAGAUCUACUUCCAAAGGGACAAGUCGGUCAACGUCAAGGACCGGAUCCGCUACCUCAUCAACAAGGCAAAGAAGGUCAUUGCAUUGGUCAUGGAUGAGUUCACUGACGUGGACUUGUUGUGUGACCUGAUGGAGGCGUCCAACAAGCGCAAAGUUCCAGUCUACAUUCUUCUGGACCACAAGAACUUGGAGCUCUUCACGGACAUGUGUUCGUCUUUGGAUGUGCAGAACGUUCACCUGAGUAACAUGCGCAUCCGCAGCGUGUGCGGCGACAUGUACUGCACCAAGAACGGCAAGAAAUUUAGCGGACAAGUCCUAGAAAAGUUUAUGAUCAUCGACUGUGAGGAGGUCAUCGCCGGAUCCUACAGUUUCACCUGGCUGUCUGCUCAGGUGCACAGCAACAUGGUCAUGCAUUUCUCGGGUCGCAUCACGGAAAGUUUUGACCGUGAGUUCCGCUGCCUGUAUGCCGACUCAGAGAUCAUCGACUGUUUCUAUAACGAGGAGGAGGAGGGUCUUCCAUACUUCCCGCCCUACCAGACCCCGCAGAUGGUCAUGGGGCACAUUCCGCUCAUGAAAGCCAAUCUACUUUUAGACAGGCAGAGGACGAGUUCUGAUAACUCAAGCAGCCAAUCAAGUAAUAGCAUAUCAAGUAUAAAGGCGGCACCCGGACAGACCUCCAACCCCAUUUACAUGGUCAGUCAAGGUCAAGACAAACUUGAGCCGAGUAACUCUCAUCUGAACCCUGAGAGGCAAAUUGGGGAGCGCAGAGUCCAAAACCUGGCACAUCAGAACAACAUCUCUCCAUCAACACGAGUCUCUGCUAACGGAGUGGUCAAUCACAGUCCGCUUCUGGAGCGCACUACCGGAGGCUACUCUACGGACUGGACCAAAAACUACCCGACAGACCUCAAGUGGUCACAUUUUGCCGGUACCACCUCUAAGUUUCAGGCGUUGGGAUUGUACGAGCACAAACCGAUUAUGUACACCGGCACCACCCCUGCACGCUUAAAUCCAACCAGGACUACAACUCUGCUCAGCGAGACUAAACUGGGCACCAAGCAAAAGGGCUCGUCCAGCCAGUUCCUCAAUAAAUUACCUGACUUUUUCACGCCACCUCCCGACAAAGACCAAUACAACUUCCUCAAAUCGCAGUCGCCUCUCGGAAACGUGGCACGAGGUGGACCUGACCUCACACAAACCGUACCGGAGAGCCAAAAGGCGCCUCCGUCACCGCCACCAUCCCCACCUCCACCGCCACUGCCUCCCUCUCCUGUGUCGCCCGUGUCACCUGUGGCACAGAUGACCAGGCUGGACGAGAAGCGUAUGACGCUUGGUCACAGCAAGCUGGACCUGGUGAACCAGUACAACAAGCUGAAGAACAAACAGGUCUACAGCCGAUUCGAGCUCAAAAGCCCCAACUGAACCGCAUGGACAAACGUCUCCAAUGAUCCCCAACGUGAAGGUUGAAAAUAAGUUGUGGACGUCAACGUGUUGAAUUUGGAUGACAUCACGUUUGUCUAAUCGUUUCAGCUGUGAGGACUUUAAUGUCAACUUGUAAAAUAAGAAUUUUGCCCAGGCUACCGGUGUUUCUCUUUGCAUUACUGUGAUCUAACUUUCUGUUUCAUAUACAGGCAGUCCUUGCUUUACGUUUCGUGGUUAUAACACGAUCCUGUAAAUGAUUACUAGUGUGCAGAAAGAAAUAGUUAGACCUGUGUGCGCACGGUGAAAAAAUGCGUAGGCGGAAAAAGACGCAAGUCGUGAGUCACUUUUUUUUUUUUUUUCAUAAAUUUUUUUGCUAUCCAUCAUGUCUCCCAAAUGUCAGGCAUACACAAGCUUUGCGUCAGAGAAAAGGAUAGUCCUUGCCGUGGAAGUAAAGUUAGACUGUGUGAAAUGCUCCGAAUGAAGACAAAUGCUCACCAUCAUAAAGAUCAGGAUGGUAUUGUUGAACAUGCGAAAGGAUCUGCUCUUUUGAAAUAGACAGUGAUAAAUGAGCAGCGUCGUGGUGUCAUUAUUGAGACUUCCAUUUUCCCUUAAGACUGUCUCACCCUCCCUUCUAGAAUGCAAACUGUCCAUGUGGAUACAAAAAGCAAGUUCUUUUUUUACUACGGUUUCAUAUAAUUAUUUUACUGUAUUUUAUAUGUUAAUGUGUACAGUGUACAGUGUAUCAAUGUAGGUAUAUAUUGGCGUUAUGGCAACAAAACUGAAGACCUCAGUUUUUUAAAACAAAUGGCACAGCCUUUGUCCUGCCUCCGCUGCGUGGAGCACACUGAAAAUCCAUGUUUUCCUCCUGGACUCAUGAUGGAGUUGACAAACAUACCGCAAUCUGCCUCACUUCGCCCUUUAGCGGAGGUAAUGUGCAGCACAGGGACACUGAUCAAACAUAUAUUCUACACUUACAUAUUUUCACAAAAUCUUAUACUACUGGAAAAUGUGAGUUCCUUUUGUAAGCUCAAGAACAUUGAAAUGAAAUAAAGCUAUGACUCUUUGUA